AUGAAAGUUUUCAGAGUGCUGAUAGAAGCGAACAGGCGAGUUCCAGGUAGCAGUUCAGAAGAAUCGGCCCUAGCCCGAUUCUACGGUUUCCCAAAAGUGCACAAAGAGGGCGUUCCUCUCCGGCCUAUCGUAUCACUAAAGGGCACUCUAACCUACGGACUGGAAAAGUGGCUGUUCCAACGUCUCAAGUUUCUGACCUCCGAUUCGAACACCACUGUCAGCUCGUCAACGCAAUUCUUGGAGAAACUUAAAGGAGUAAGUCUCCUGCCAAGCCAUAUCAUGGUUUCCUUUGAUGUCACGUCCCUUUUUACUUCUAUCCCGCAGGACCUGGCAGUCGAGACCAUCGAACUACUCCUACGAGAGAAAUACGACAAAACGGAGAAUCGCCUCGGACACGCCCAAAUCAUCCAGCUCCUGAAGUUCUGUCUCAAGACGUACUUUACGUUCGACGGAACAGUCUACGAGCAGGUGAAGGGAACGCCAAUGGGUUCGCCGAUUUCGGGACUCAUAGCCGAGGCGGUCCUACAACGGCUGGAGUCGCUGGUUUUCCGACACCACAGACCGAAAUUUUGGGCUCGGUAUGUGGAUGACACCUUCGUCGUCAUCGAACGGGAUCAGGUGCUGACGUUCAAAGAACAACUCAACGCCGUAUUCCCGGACAUCCAAUUUACGAUGGAGGAGGAGGAAAACAAUCAGCUGGCCUUCCUGGAUGUCCUCGUCUGCCGCAAAGAUUGUGGUGGCCUAAAAACCAAAGUGUUCAGGAAAGCGACAAAUACGACGCAAAUACUGAACUUCAAUAGCAACCACGCGAUCAGUCACAAACGCAGUUGCGUAAGGGCGCUAUACCGGCGCGUUGAGACGCACUGCAGUGAAAUGGAAGGCAAGGUUGCUGAACUACAAUAUCUUCGACGAGUAAUGAGAGCCAAUGGUUACCCGCGCAGCUUUGUCAACCAGUGCAUACGAAAAGGACACCAGAGACCAAAUCCAACCGGACCCAAAUUUUGGCGGGCUCUUCCGUACGUGAAGAACGUCUCGGAAGCCGUCAGUCGUCUUCUCACUCCACUUGGAGUUGGGUUGCACACAGGCCGGAAGCAACCAUUAGGCGCCAAGUCAUGGGGCCAAAAGACCCGCUGCCACGGCAGGACACGUCUGGAGUCAUUUACCGGCUCUGGUGUAGUUGCGAACAAAGCAAUUAUGUCGGAGAAACUGGGAGAUUACUCCGUACGCGAAUUGCCGAGCACGCAGCAGCAGUGA